AUGGACUCUGACUCGGACUACGAAGCUGAAAUCCCCCACUUCCCAAGGGACCUGCCCAACAUCCUCAUCACGGGCACGCCCGGAACAGGGAAAACAACCACAUCUGAGAUGGCCGCAGAAGCAACCGGCCUCACUCAUAUCAAUGUCGGAGACCUCGUCAAGGCAAAGUCGCUCCACGAGGGUCUCGACACCGAAUACGACAGUUAUAUCCUUGACGAGGAUAAGUUGGUCGAUGAGAUGGAGGAGAUGAUGAGGCCAGGAGGCAAGAUUGUCGACUUCCACACCUGUGAAAUCUUUCCCGAGCGAUGGUUCGAUCUGGUGAUUGUCCUGCGCACUGACAACGGAGUUCUCUAUCCACGACUCGAGUCUCGAGGAUACAAUGCAAAGAAAAUCAACGAGAACAUGGAAUGCGAGAUUAUGCAGGUUGUGCUGGAGGAGGCGCGGGAGUCGUACGAGGAGCAAAUUGUUAUUGAGCUCGAGAGCAACAGCAUUGAACAGAUGGAGGAGAACGUGAAAGACGAGCAGGGCAGGAGAAGGUUUCAUGGUGCCUUCACAGGGGGAUUCUCGGCUGGAUACUACAACACCGUCGGAUCUGCGGAGGGUUCGCCGGAAGACUUCAUGGACGAGGAGGAUAAGCAGAUGCUCUCCGAUGCCACUCGGAUCACCGCCACUGAUGAUUUUGGUGCCUCUGGAUCUGCUCAACGAGAACUCGCGAGGAAACGCGCCGCUGCCAUGAAUAUGCAAGCGUCAGGAAGUGUUCUUGGUGCCCUUUCGGACGCCAUGAUUGACGAUCUCAUCAUUCCGACCUCAGAAUCUAUCGGCGCGCGGCUACUGAAGCGAAUGGGCUGGAAACCAGGACAGGGAAUAGGACCCCGUGUGUCGAGACGACAACGAAAUCCAAAAGCCGACCCUUUAUCGGAUGAUGAUGCCCCAACCAAUGUCUCAUUUGCGCCGAUAGACUCGGCCAUCAUCGUGUUUGCCAAUAAAUCCAACCGUUUUGGUCUUGGGUUUAACCCACACAAAGAUGCCCCUGAGUUUGAUGUCUCAGCACAUGCGCAAUCAGGAUCACGAUACCUGUCAGGCGCGGACUCUGGCGUCACAGGGUCUCGCUUAGGCUUUGGUCUGUUGAGUGACAGCGAGGGCGACGAGGACGAGAGUGGUUUGUUUGGCACUGGAUCCAACUCUCGGCGUCGAGUGGAAAUGGAAAUGGACUUGGACACUGCAGUGUCCCUUGACAAGAGACAGAAGAGCUCCUAUGGCAGCGUUCCCACUUCCAACUCAAGGUCAGCGUCCAUUUUGGUGUACUGCAGUGACGGACGCCCGCCUCUUGCGGGAUUCAUCUUGGUCGCGACCAAGGCCUUGGAUCCAAAGUGGUAUACAGCCCCCAUUGUUCCAUCCGACUUUACUCCGCGGCACAUCUUUACUAGUGAUGGGAAGACAACCAGCUCCACCAAGCAGCACGGACAGUCUAAACUCACAGCUGACGAUCGUGCUCUUGUCUUGGGAGAGACUCCGAUCGAUGCACCACGGCGCUCUGUUUUCGAGUAUAUGUCAUCUGAAAACAAGAAUCGACUAGAUGGUGCUCUGGGAUUUGUUUUGGACGUUCAUGGCGAAAAGCACUUGCGAAAGGACCACUGGGAGGUACCCACGAUUGAGAAGAGCGCCGCGGAAGCCGCCUUGCAAGGAUUUAUACCGUUUUCUGACGACAUCUCGAAGCAACGGCGGUACAAGCAGUACUUGAAUGUCCAAGCUGGCCUAUCCGCGGAGAAGAUCGAAAUGGUUGAAGGAUUCUCGGGAGAGGACAUGAACAAGGAGCUGAACGAAUUUGUCCAAGCGGCCAGGAUCUUCAAGCCAAUGUCGACCUCGAUGUCAAGUCGCUUUGCCACGGCGAGCAAAAUAAUCGAAUUUCAACAACCUUCGCCGGGUCUCAGGACUGGAGCUGAAAUCCAAGCAAGCCUAGCUGGAAAACCGAGUGCAGAGAACAGAUUGAUAGAACGCAUGGAAGUUCCGAAAUCACAAGCGGCCAAAGCGGCAGAAAUGGGCAUGUUUGGACCGCUGACUAGAUCCAUGGCCGAUUUUUACCCCAACAAACUCCUGUGCAAAAGAUUCAACGUACCGGACCCACAUCCAGAGCACAAGGAUGUCGGGCCCGACACUGCGAAGGAUCUCUUGGACAAGGCGACGAUGGAUAGCAUGCUGGCGGAGGGGUCCUCGGCUCGCUUUUCCCUCUCCAAGGAGGCUUCGUCAACGACGGGAUUGACAGCCGACAAUACGGUGCCGGAAGUGGAGCUGGAGCAGGCUGAGCUUCUGACCCAAGUCCCACAAGAAAGGCCUCCUAUGGAUAUCUUUAAGGCCAUUUUCGACGACUCGGACUCUAGCUCGGAUUCGGACGUAGGUAUGGAUGCAGACGACGCGGGAGUAAACACGACGGCACCAGGCCAGCCAGUUAAUCCAGUCUCCGAGGCUUCCGCCAUGGAUCAAGAUAAAGCUGAUGUAGCGGUGGUGACACAGAGGAUGGGAAACGAGUUGGAGGGGGAUUUAGCUAUGCCACUUCGGCACGUCUUUACAAAGAGGACAAGCAGACCGACCAGAUCACCAUCCCCACGAGCUGGCUCUCCAAACCAGGCGGCCAAAACAGGUUUAAGGCGCUUUGACGACCGAGCUCGAGAUGUGGAGUCUGAAGUGGAGAGCGACGAUGCCCAGAUCGGGCCGAGGCUGGACCUCUCAGAACGUAGGGCAACGACAGAGUCGGCAGGACGGGCAUUGUCAAGAAAACCUAGGUCGAGCGGCACAGACACCCGCCAUCACCCGAACACAUAUCAGGAAAUCGGUCCUGGGCAUUCUACUCUCACUUCAAGAUCUAACAAUCGCGAUUCAAGUGAGGAAUUUAUUGGUCCUCCUGUAGCGCCUACCAGUGCAGUGGAACCCACAUUUUCAGCAGCCGAAGAAUCAGGUCGUUCGGGUCAAGGGCGAAAGGAAGCUGAUGAUCGCGAUCACGAGGCACGUCGUGAGUCUAGGAGUUCCAAGCAACACGAGUCUUUGGUAUCUAGGAAGGACGAGAGCGAACGUACCCGGUCUAGAAAGUCGCGGUCUGAGCGCUCGUCAAGCUCACACCGCAGAUCACUGUCUAUCGAGCAUAAUUCUUCAAAGUCACGACGACGUGCGGAGGUGGUGGGCAAUCACAGCACCGCCUCAUCUGAUAGCGAUGACCAUGCGCACCCCACUGAGUCACGAUCAGAUGGACCACUGUCUGCAAGGAAAUCUGGGAAAAAGACGCGGGCAACCGACGACCGUGUUGGAGACCGAGAGGAUGCGAACUCGCACAGUAACCGAGCAAGGAAGGAUCGAUCAUCAACAAGGCGACAUAAGGAACAUCGGUCAAGGCCAAGCGAUAGGGAUAGAGAGUUAGGUCACGGCAGGAGCAGCAGCAGUCAUCGUCACAAACACUCUCGAGCGGUGAGAGAACCCUCAAGACGCGAUGACCGUGAUCGCGAUCCCACCCAGGAGCGUUCGAAGGACAGACAUGCCAAGAUGCAUGAAGAUGAGGAUGAUUCAGACAGCCUUUGGGUCGAGAAGGAAGUGACUAGCACUUUGGUCGAGGAGUCCGAAGCCCCCGGUUCUGUUGAUUCCACACAGGCUGCCGUUUCUUCCAGGAGCCGACCAAGAGCGGCGGCGUUCUUUUGA